AUGGAAUUCUCACGCCGAAGCCGCCUGAAGCCGGAAGCACAGUUCAGUCUGGACUCGGUGCUCGAGUGGCUGAUUCCGCACAACGUCGCACUGUAUGUUAUUCCGCCGAUGAUCGACAUGACGAUAUCGGAGUUCGAAUCGCUGGCCCUAGAGCGCCUUAAGGUGUUACGUGUCCUGGAGCAGGCCGCAGCUAAAAACCUAAAACUUAUGUCCGACGAGUGGCGCGAUUGCAUCUUCAACGAGCUGAACCAUGAAGGGCUGAAACAUUACGUGCGGCUCUGUCAGGGCAACCACUCGAAAGAGCAGGACAUUUCCGCACGCCGCAAGGACUAUCUGUCCCAUUUCAUUCUGCGCUUCGCCUACUGCCGGUCGGAAGAAUUACGCAGAUGGUUUAUUGCCAGGGAAAUGGAGCUGUUUCGGCUAAAAUUUAGCGGUUUAUCCGCACAGGAUACAAAGGAUUUUGUUCAAAAAUAUGAGAUGAACUAUACCCCACUUUCGUCAGAUGAAAAGAAUGAAAUCAAGGACGGAUUGUAUGACAGUACUGUCUACCAGAGUAUCGUUCAAAUUGAAGCUAUGGAUUUCUACAAAGUUCGUUUCACAGAUGUACUGGACUUGGUUCGCGGUCGAAAGUGUUAUCUAAAAGAUGGUUUCGCUUACGUUUGUUCGAGUGAUUUUAUUUCGAUCAUAGCUAACAAACAUCAGCAGCUAUUGGAGGAUGGUUUGCAGGCCCACCUUCGGUUGUUACCCGAGUUGGAGAAUGACGAAAGAUUUUCUACCCUUCUGAAAGGACUUCAUACUUCCUAUACCGGAAAGGAUUAUACCAUAUCAAAGGCCGGAGAUGUUCCGAUUGAAUCGUUGGAUCAACUGUCUAAAAAAUCGUUCCCGCUAUGCAUGCGAUAUUGUCACGAUACUCUGCGCGCCCAGCAUAAGUUGAAGCAUGGCGGUCGUAUGCAGUAUGGUCUAUUUUUGAAAGGCAUUGGUGUGACUCUGGAGGGAUCACUGCAGUUUUUCCGGGAGGAGUUUAGCACUCGUGGCACGAUUCCACUUGAAAAGUAUGAGAAAGAAUAUGCCUAUAAUGUUCGACACAACUACGGUAAAGAAGGUUCCCGUAUUAACUAUACGCCCUAUUCUUGUAUGAAGAUUAUUACGUCAAGUGUCGGGGUUCAGGAUACUCAUGGAUGUCCGUUUAAAAUCUGGGAGCCUUCUAUGCUUAAGACAAAGCUUGGCUCCUACGGCUUAAGCGUGGUGCACAUUGAGGAGAUUGUUGGGUUCGCUAGCAAGAGCCAUUAUCAGAUAGCUUGCGGGAAGUACUACGAAAUAAUCCAUCAGACAAAACUGGAAGAGGGCAUCAAACACCCGAAUCAGUAUUUCGAGUUUAGCCAGAUUACGAUGGGUGCCCGGGCCCCGAAGGUAAAAGCAGCACCUGGUAGCGUGCGUCGCUCGCAGGCAAAUGAAGGCGGCAGCCAAGAUUACACCCUCCGAAGUCAGGAUACUACCACGCUGAAUGCUGACGAUGACGAUGAAUUGUGGCAACUAAUGGAAGCGAAUGAAAAGGAUGCAAAGGAAUGCGAUGGGAAGGGCAGUUUGUUGCUUGCUCAACAGCCCAAAGUUAACGUGGACAAGCCUAGCUUAAAAAGAGUCGCUACGUCCGAGUGGGGAGACGAUGAUUUCGACGUUAGCCAGGUAGACAUGGAAUGAGGGUGAGUAGUU